ACCUCUCCUCCCUUCCUUCCGCCCGCCGCCUCCCUCUCUCUCCCCGGUGCAGAUCAACGCCGCCACCCCUCUCUAACCCUAGCUUCUCGUCGCUGGCGGCGCCGCCCUCCCUCCCUCGCCCUCUCCUCCUUCCCUCAUCACGGCUGCCUCCACCACGCCACAAACCCCGGCGACGGCCUCAUGUAGAUCCCAUCCUGCUCCGCGUCGCCGCUCUCCCGGCCAUCUCUUCGUUCCCCUACAGCCACACCUCAUCCUCCCCCCCUCCCCCGGUCCCGUCCCCAGCCCCGCCGCCCGGCGCCACCUCAUCACCUUAAGCCGCCGCAGCCCAUGCUUUCACCCGUCCUCCGCCUCCGCGGCAGCCUCCUCGUUCUACAUCGACCGGAUCCUGCUGCCCAGUAGCUUCUCGCAUCCGCUCUCGACCUCCUCCCGGGACAAGGACAAGGAGGAGAGCCUCCCGCCCGCGCCGCCGGCGUCGUGGGUGUAGAGGUGGCUCCCGGCCGGUGGGGCGGGGAAUUUCAUCAGUGUGUUUGAGGCCGAGCUCGCCGACACCGUCCCGGUGGUCAAGGCAUUCAUCGGCGGCAUGAGGAUCCUCGGGACAUUGUGCGUGGGCAACAAGAACGGCCUUCUUCUACCACACACCACCAACGACCAAGGUCGAUCACAAUAGCGGCGAUGCCGGGGGAGCUCCCUGACUUGAAAAUGCUGGCGCUCUUCGGAUGCAGAGCUGUCCUCCUCAGGGGGGCUGGUUACACGGUGAAUGAUCUUCUCGACCGCGACAUUGAUAACAAGGAGCUGGAGGAAAAGAGGAAGGAGAAGGCCAAGAUCUCCUCCGACAGGAGAAAGCAACUGGCGAAGCUCCGCAUCAAGGCCGAGAAGGCAGCCGAAGAGAAGUUAGGAUCUCAGCUGGAGAUCCUGGUCCCUAUCAAAUACUAAAGCUAUCAUGCGCCAUCAGUUUUGUGAAACCUCUGUCAUAUUUUAAGUAGUUUGGUAACUCUGAUAGUACAAUCUGGUUGGUAAACCUUUGUUAUGCAUGCAGUUCUGCGACACUCAUUUGAAAUUUUCUACAUGGUGAACUGUUUCGUUUAUCAAAUGUGUGCAUUUGGAAAUUCUAGUGAACGUCGUUUUUCUCUUUGC